UAGGCUUUUGAUAUUUUUCCUUAUCCCUCUAUCAGAUACCAUAAAUCCUUGAGGCAAUAGGUGGAUUAUAAUUGGCGAUUUUUCAUUUCUGUUAUCUUUGGAUUAAACUUCAAGAAGAAGCCAAAAAAGACCAUUAAGACAAGUAAGGUAGAGGAAGAGAGAGAAUUGGGAGCAGUAAGGUAGAGGAAGAGUGAACGGAAGAACCGAGAUGAAGCUGGAAGCAAUCGUUGUGACGACAUUGUUGAUGAUGGCAAUAAUGGCAGAAGGUGGAGACGUAUCAUAUGAUGGCAGGGCACUUUUGAUUGAUGGAACAAGGAGAAUUCUUUUUUCUGGAUCAAUUCAUUAUCCUCGAAGCACUCCUGAUAUGUGGCCAUCUCUAAUUGCCAAUGCCAAGUCAGGAGGUCUUGAUGUGGUACAAACUUAUGUCUUUUGGAACAUGCAUGAGCCUGUUCAGGGACAGUAUAAUUUUGAAGGAAGAUAUGACUUGGUGAGAUUCAUCAAAGAAAUUAGAAACCAGGGUUUGUUUGUUAGUCUGAGAAUUGGUCCCUUCAUUGAGGCAGAGUGGAAUUAUGGGGGUUUGCCAUUUUGGUUACAUGACAUACCCGGUAUAGUUUAUCGAAGUGAUAAUGAACCUUUCAAGAUGUACAUGCAAAGGUUUGUCUCAAAGAUAGUUCAGAUGAUGAAGGAUGGGAAUUUAUAUGCUUCUCAAGGAGGACCAAUCAUACUCUCUCAGAUUGAGAAUGAAUAUCAAACAAUUGAGCAAGCCUUCCAUGAGAAAGGCCCUGCUUGUGUGAAGUGGGCUGCAAAUAUGGCUGUGAACCUUCAAACUGGUGUCCCAUGGAUGAUGUGUAAACAAGAAGAUGCCCCUGAUCCAGUGAUUAAUACUUGCAAUGGUAUGAGAUGUGGUGAAACCUUUAUAGGUCCUAAUUCACCAAAUAAGCCAUCAUUAUGGACGGAAAACUGGACAUCUUUCUACCAAGUGUAUGGGGAAGAGCCAUACAUAAGGUCGGCAGAAGACAUUGCCUUUGCGGUUGCACUAUUUAUAGCUAAAAAGAAGGGGAGCUUCGUGAACUACUAUAUGUAUCAUGGAGGAACUAAUUUUGGAAAGUCUUCCUCUUCAUAUAUUAUCACAGCUUAUUAUGAUCAAGCCCCUUUAGAUGAAUAUGGUUUGAUAUGGCAACCAAAAUGGGCCCAUUUCAAGGAAUUACAUGCUGCAAUUAAGCAAAACUCAGAAGCAUUACUUAAUGGAAAAUAUAUCACCUUCUCAAUUGGCCGAGCACAAGAGGCACAUGUUUUUAAAACAGAUACAGAAAAGUGUCUUGCCUUCCUCAUAAAUAGGGACUUAGCUCAUGAAGCCACUGUUCAAUUUCAGAAUAGUACAUAUGAAUUGCCUCAGAAGUCAAUAAGCAUCUUAUCUAACUGUAACAAUGUUGCCUUCAAUACGGCUAAGAUCGGUGCUCAAUAUGGCACAAGAUCAACAAAAACUGUAGAAAUUUUCAAUCAAGCAAGCAGAUGGAAAGUACAAAUGGAAAAAAUUCCAAUUACUAAUUCUUCUACUUGGGUAGAAAAUGAACUUAUAGAACAAAUGGCAGCAACUAAAGAUUCGACGGAUUAUCUUUGGUAUCUAACCAGAUACAACAAGACAUCAGGCAAUCCAAAUAACAUGAUUCAUGUUGAUUCAUUAGCUCAUGUGAUACAUGCUUUCGUAAAUAAUGAAUAUGUUGGAACUGUACACGGAAGUCAUGGCUCAAGGGAUGCUUUCAUUUUCAACAAAGCCAUUUCUCUGAACAAUGGACAGAAUGACAUCUCAUUGUUGAGUGUCAUGGUUGGAUUACCAAAUUCUGGAGCAUAUCUAGAGCGUCAGGUUGCUGGUAUACAAAGAGUGAGGAUUUCAAACUCAGAAGAAAAAUCCGAAGAUCUCAGUAACAAUCAGUGGACAUAUCAGGUUGGUUUGUCUGGAGAGACGUCAAAUGUUUUCACAGAACAAGGAACAAAAGUUACAGAUUGGAAGUCAAAUGAGAGUUUUCCUAGUCAGCCAUUAGUUUGGUACAUGACAAGAUUUGAUGCUCCUUUGGGUGAUGAACCAUUCGCACUCAACUUAAUCGGUAUGGGAAAAGGUGAAGUAUGGAUCAAUGGUCAAAGCAUUGGUCGCUACUGGGUCUCUUUUAAAACUCCUAAAGGAGUUCCAUCUCAAUCUCUGUAUCACGUUCCCCGUUCCUUUUUAAAACCAUAUGGUAACCUUCUUGUUCUGUUUGAGGAAAUGGGAAGAAACCCUUCAACAAUAACAUUGGAAUCUAUUUCAGUUACGGGUAUCUGCGGAAGGGUGUCUGAAUCCAAUCCAAAAUCUAAUUUUUCGCUGAACAAAUACCCAUAUGUUAAGCUUCACUGUCCCAAAGGUAGGGCCAUAUCAUCCAUAGAGUUUGCAAGCUAUGGAAGCCCUGUAGGUAAUUGUGAUUCCUACUCGGUGGGAAGCUGCCAUUCUGCAACAUCCAGAACAAUUGUAGAAAAGGCCUGCUUAGGUAGAAGUGGAUGCUCAAUUCCUGUAUCGCCUAGAAAAUUUGGUCAUGAUCCUUGCCCAGGAACCUCCAAGUCCCUUCUUGUUGCUGUAAAAUGCUAA